ACAUAUUAUCUCCCGGGGGAAAACGGUCUGCCGUCCGUGUCCGCGUACAGUAGAAAAAUACUAACCGAAGCGUCGGACGUCGGGCUGACGACAAGUCGGUGCCGUUGCCGACCUUCCGUUGGUCGCCCCUUACUUGCAUCCUGCAGACCGCGGUUCGAACCGCUGCACCAGUCGGCAGUCACCGUUGCGACUCGAUGGUGAUGGUCGUCGGUACAGUUGUUUCGCCUAGUGCCGUCGUCCCUAUAUGCUAUGUUUUUUUUUUUUUAGAAUCUUAAAUUGUCCACACACCGCUUAUAGUUUAGGUAGUUUAACGUCGAUCUCAAGUCCUAUUCGUGUUCGUGACAAUGUUAGUAAUGUACGGUGCUAUCGUUCUCAAUAAUAGUUGUAGUAAGGUGCAUUUUCUCACUGAAAUUGCCAUUCUAUGACUUGACAUCGAUAAUCUGUAAUAUAUUUAAAUACAAUUAGGUAGUAAUCAGUUGGUACCUAUAAGCUUUAACUAAUAAACAUUUAAACAUAAUAUAUACCAAUGGCUUUUCAAGAAUUCAAUAGCACAGGUUAUUGGGGUAAACCUACAGCUACCAUUGAUUGGUGUGAGAAAAACUAUGAAGUUAAUUACUAUGUUGCUGAAAUGUGGAAUACUAUCAGUAAUUUGAUGAUGAUAAUACCUCCAUUAUGGGGUAUUUGGGAUAUGAAAAAACAAAAAUUUGCUCGAAGAUUUUUUUUUUGUUAUGCAUUCAUUUUGGUGGUUGGUUUUGGCAGUUUGGCAUUUCACAUGACACUUCUAUAUGAAAUGCAGUUAUUUGAUGAAUUACCAAUGGUUUGGGGAACAUGUUAUUGUGUUUAUUGUUUAUCAAUAGUUAAACAUGAUAUGAAAUCUAAAAUUAUUCCGAAUAAAUUAUUAUUAUUAAUAUUAAUAAUUAUAAGUAUUGGAUUUGCAAUAAUUUAUCUUGCUUGGCCUCAACCAUUAUUGCAACAUGUUUGUUAUGGUAUACUAGUUGCUAUAUCAUUAGCACAAGAAAUCAAACUAAUAUUAGAAUUUAAAUGCGCUGUUUGUAAACACAUGUUUAUUGUUGCAAUAGCAUUAUACCUGUUUGGGUUCUUUUUGUGGAAUAUUGAUAAUAUAUUUUGCAAAAAUAUCACGAUCUUAAGAGAACAGAUUCCAAUGUUCCUACAACCAUUCACUCAAAUGCAUGCCUGGUGGCAUAUAUUUGCAGGAUAUGGAGUUUAUAUUCAAGUUCUAUUUUGUAUUCACAGCACAUAUGAUUACCAUAAAAAAUAUAAACUGUCAAAUCUACUUUUACCUGAGAAUAUGUAUUUUAGUAUACGUUGGCAAAAAACUACAAAAAGUUAUUAAUUUUUUAAUAUAAGUCCAUAGUAAAC